CCCAGUUCAUGAUGUGGUCUACAGGCGUCUUGUUGUUGGCGGUUCUCAGCCUCGUUGCAGCAGCGGCGAGCCACGAUUCAUCCCACAAAGAACCAAUGGCAUAUGGAGCUCGAGUGCCUGGGAGGCCGCUGGCGGGGCGCCUGCAGGGCGGCAGCUCCACCACUGAUAUGGAGGGUGAGGCCCUGUGGGCAGCACAGCCAGGCCAGCCAUCGCAUCUCUUCAUUCAUUGCCACCAACAGCAUUCACUUCAUGUGUGUGUGUGUGUGUAAGCAGUAUCAUUAUCACCAGACGAGGGCGUUCCGGGCGAUUACUCGUGGGGAGGAGGCAGAGCGGGUGGAGUGGCCGACCCGGUGAAUGGAGAGGAUUACCCCAGUAGAACCGCACAAACGCCACAGCGGGCGACAAACACGGCCACAGGUGACCGCCAGACACCACACACACACGGGGGCAGCACCAUGGCUCUUUUUCUUUCCCUCUGCAGAUAUAUCCUCGUGGAGCACCCCUUAUGCGUGUGACGAGCGUCUGUUCCACCUAGAGCAGCAGCAGCGGGCCCUGAUCCACGACAAGAAGAUGCUGCAGGAGGAGCUGAGCUACCUCAAGGCCACCGUUCACAAGCUGGCGGCGGUGGUGGAGCCCAUGUCGCUCACGGACGGAGGCAGCACCCUCAUGAUCAGCGGCGUGAACGUCAAGAUAGUCAACGGAGAGGGCGCCACUGACACGGCCAAUGGGAAGGGUACGUUGUGGCAGGUGGUGCAUCACUCUUUCCUGCAUACGUUUCUUGCUUGGUACGGUGUCAGGUAAUCUGAUAUUUGGGUAUGAGGACUGCCAGGGCGAGGUGGCCACUAGCGAUGCUGCUGGUGGGGGGACAAUGGAGACCACAUAUGACAGCAGCAGCAAAAUCAGUUCCGCCCCACGAUUCCGCCGUACCGCCGAGAACGGCCAGAACGGCCACACCUCACUCUUGGAGGACCGCUCUGGCUCACACAAUCUGGUGGGUGUCUCGUCUCCUCCACAGCUCUGCCUGUGCGUUCAUUCUUGCCUGUGUGUGGUCGGUGUGGCUGUGUUCAGAUAAUGGGAUGCGGCAACAGCUACUCGUCAUAUUCGUGCAUCCUCAACGGCAUCCACAACCACGUCCACAGCCCGUUCUCGUCCAUAUUCGCGGGGGCACACAACACCAUCCACCGCGCCACACCCGCACCCGCACCCUAUGUCACCCCCUACGGCCCUGGUCACUCGUGCAUCCUCACGGGCAACCAUGGCACCAUUCACGGAGACAGAAACGCCAUUAUCACCGGCCAUCAGAACAAGUGCAGCAUGGCCUUCGGCACCGUUGUCAGCGGCCAGGAAAACUCGGUCGGUUACGGCGGCUGCGUGACGGCGGGGAGGAGGAACAAGGUGGAGGAGAGCUGGAGUGUGUGUAUGGGUGGCCAGGGCAACAGGGUGGUGGAUGGGGCUGUUUAUGGGGUGUGCGUGGGGGGCAAAGACCACGAGAUGGGCGAAUCUGGUGAGGUGGGCUGUUUGACAUGAGGCAGGUGAGGUGGGCACGGCACACUCUGUUUUAGGUGGGUGGGGUGGGUGGAAUGAACGGUGAUCUGAUCAGCUGUGGAAUGGACGAGCUAGUUAAGACGUUUGUCCAUCGAUGUGUGAGUGUGUUCGGGUCGGGUGUGUGCAGCUGAUGCCAUGCAGACAG